AUGUCGUGGAUGGACUCGUGGUCGCGUCCCAGCAAGCACGCCGUGACACCACCACCCCUCUACCUCACAGCCGGCGACGCAGUGCCCUACUGCCACAGCUGCGGGCGCGUCAUCGGCGACCGCCGCAAGACGCAAAAGGCCCCCGAAGUCAAGUACUGCUCAGCACGCUGCCGCAACAGCAAGCCCGGCCCCCUGGACCGCAAGAUCGAAGCCACCUUUGCCGCUCUGCUGGCCGGCGCCCCCAUCGACUCUCUCAAGGAAAACGCCGGCGCAGAGCCUGCGGGUGGCGCUGCAAAAGACGAUCAUAAUGACCAUGGAAAGACGAAAAAGAGCGAGAAAAAACACAAAAAGAAGACGCAAAAGGGCGACCACCGCAUCAUCGUCGAAUGCAGCACCGUCGAGGACAUCGUCUUUGGCCGCGAAAAAGACCCAGAAAAGGUGUACGGGCGCCGCAAGAACCGCAGACCGCGCUUUGUAGUCGAGAAGCCCGAGGAUUGGCGCAGCGUAGACAUGGUCGAUGACGCUGCCCAAGCUGCGACUACAUCACAGCAACAACAACAUCAUCCCCCGCCGCCAGACCUCACCAGCGACGACGACUCCAUCUCCGACUCAGACGGCGAGGCCGACGGCGGAAUCGCCCUGGAAUCUACUCCUCCUCCGCUUGCCGAAGACAUGGACGCGCAUGCCCUGCCCGACACAGUCGAGUACGGCUACGGCUCAGGCAAGAUCCGGCCGCCCCAAGCCCAAAACGACGUCAAUGGAUCCGUAGGCGGCGAAAAGGGCUGGGCCGAACGCAUCCAGGAGACAGACGAAAUGAAGCUGAAGCGGCGCGAGGGCCAGCGCAAAGCAGAUGAACGAGAAAUGGUGCGUAGAGCAGCAAGACGCGGCUGCGCAUUUGGAUUUAGCGUCCCGGAUGAGCCUGAGAAGAGGAAAUGCGAGGCUGUCAUGAAGAGCGCCGUGGUGGAAGCCAGCUUUGCAAAGGGCGAGUGGGGCGUUAGAUGGAGAGAGCGCAUAUAA